UUUCAAAGAAUGCAAAGGAAACGAAAGGUUUCUGGUUAAGCACCUACAGUCUCAGCCUGAGAUCUCCUUUACAGAAGAGAAGUCACCCCAACUGCCAGGUCCAUUCCAGUACACUUGACAAUUCGCACAAUGCGUGCCCUGCAGAUCUGUGCUGUGGUCUUCUCUUUUAUUAGUCUCCUGCUGCUCCUCAUUUCACUGGGCUCAGACUAUUGGGAGACCACCACUGGUUUCCACGCAGGACUGUGGAGGGCCUGUUUUCAGAAUAUAUGUGGUCCAAUUGGUAAUGGUUCGGAUAAAUUCAAUUCUGUCCAAGCCUUCAUACUGAUUGGGAUGAUCGCUGGUGCCGUCUCUUUCUUUGGUCUUUGUGCCACAUUUUGGAAGUCCCAUCUUGGCUCCAUCUCCCUGGCUAAGAUCUCAGCGAUUGCCAGCUUUGCUGCAGGUAUUUGUGCCAUGAUUGCCAUGGCCAUCUUCACAAGUAUGACACGUUUUUAUGGAUGGUCAUUUGGCUUGGGCUGGGCCUCCUUCCCUCUCUUCCUCAUAACUAGUGGCUUUGCUUUUGGAUUUGAAAGUGCAACAGCAGCAUGAACAUACAGACACGUCUGUGCUGCCUUUUGAGAUGAUGACUUUUGGAGGCAUAGAAGUAUAACAAGGCACAAAACGAGCCUGCAAAGGAUCAAUUGGACUUGGAACAAAUCAUUUUACCUAAAAGGAACCCUGAAUGUGAAGGCAGAUGGAGAAUGGACUUGGAUUUGAUGAAAGAGAUACAGUCCUCUUCUCAGACAUCCCACUAGUGGCACUCUCUCUUUCUCUUCUCCAAACUAUCUUUCGUCUGCCUCUCUCUGUGUGUUUAUUUAUACACACAGAGAGAGAGAUAUUAAUAUCCACUCUUUUCCCCCCUCUAAGACGCAUGCAUAUUCUGGCCCUGAAGCUUCCCUGAGUUUUCCCCAGUACAUGGGCACUUCGGAGUGACACUGUGACAGCUUUCUACAUACAUAUCCCACUAUGCCACUACCUGCUGCCACCACCACCUCUCUCUGAGGUCUAAAACAAGACACCCAACAUCAACCAUACAGUUGGGCUCCUCAUUGUCACCUCAGAGGAGUGACUUGUGCUGCCAGUAGGACAUGAAUGUAGACUCAGUAUUGCUCUGAAGUGUUCUGGAUAUUCAGGAAAGACUUGGAGCAGAUUAAGAGAGGGAUGGGCCAGAUUUGCUGUGCGACUGCCCUUCCCACUUGGAGACUAUAUACAUGCACACACACACACACAUUCAUGACCGUUUUGCAUUCAUGAUCCUUACAUAUUAAAUUGUUGUUGCUGUUGUUGUCGGCGCAGGGAAUAUGUAGGCAUCAAAGAAGUCCUUCAAUCUGGAUUUAUCAGGUACCAGCCAUGGAGAGCAGUGGAGGUUUCUUCUUUUGUCAGUCAGGAUCCAAUGGGCUGAUGUUUCCACACAUCCUCACUACUUUUAUGUAGUGAUUGCUGCCUAUUGAAUCUGGAUUGCAGGGAGGAAGCAAGGCCAGGAGUUGGUACUUAGCUAUGUUAUUAGAGUAGUUACGUCAUUAAAAAGCUGAUCUAGAAUCCUGGCCAAUGAUUUGAUUCUAAAUUAUUAUAGAGAGGCAAGGGUAAACAUGUUUCUCUGUUGCAGAAAAAUAACAACAGUCUGAUGGUACCUUAAAAACAAGCAAGAUGUAUGUGACCUAUACUCUUGCGGACAGCAGCCCCUUUCAUCAAAGACAUGGAAUGAUGCAUCAAUGGGCAGAUAUUUUUACAUAUGCUGGAGGAGGAGAGUUGGAGGCAACCAAAUGAAGACUGAGCAUGCCCACUGUCUGAAAAUACCAAAUGAGUUUUGGAAGGGAAUAAAAUGGAAAACCAAAGGGAAGUGUAAAUGAUUGGAGCAUCCUAGGAGCAAACAUGGUGCCCAAAUGGAACCCGAAAAAGACAACUCCAUAGGGCAACACCUGCUUGUUCCCUUACAGUACAAAAUAAUUCCAGUAACAUUGUUACGCAAUAAAAAUGGU